AUGGGUUAUGGGGAUGGAGAAGAGUUGAUGGUGAUAGGAGCCAUGGGUUAUGGAGAUGGAGAAGUGUUGACGGUGAUAGGAGCCAUGGGUUAUGGGGAUGGAGAAGAGUUGAUGGUGAUAGGAGCCAUGGGUUUUGGGGAUGGAGAAGAGUUGAUGGUAAUAGGAGCCAUGGGUUAUGGAGAUCGAGAAGAGUUGAUGGUGAUAGGAGCCAUGGGUUAUGGGGAUGGAGAAGAGUUGAUGGCGAUGGGAGCCAUGGGUUAUGGGGAUGGAGAAGGGAUGAUGGUGAUAGGAGCCAUGGGUUAUGGGGAUGGAGAAGAGUUGAUGGUGAUAGGAGCCAUGGGUUAUGGGGAUGGAGAAGGGAUGAUGGUUGUAGGAACCAUGGUUUACGGUGGUGGAGAAGAGUUGAUGGUGAUAGGAGCCAUGGGUUAUGGGGAUGGAGAAGAGUUGAUGGUGAUAGGAGCCAUGGGUUAUGGGGAUGGAGAAGAGUUGAUGGUGAUUGGAGCCAUGGGUCAUCUGAAAGUUACUGCGAAAAGAAGAAGUGUAUUGCUGGACUUCCCCACUGUUGAUUAA